CACCAGCAGAUCACUGAGCAAGGAUACCCGACUGAAGGAGGAGGAUCUGGAAUCAUCCCUGCUCUCCUCCCGUUUGACUCGACGGACCCGCUGCCAUGAAUCACAGCAAGGACGAAUUUGAGCCUUUUGAAUAUUCUUACUAUGAUUAUUUCAGACUGGUACUCCAACAACGCAGGAGCCAACAAAACCACCCCAAGAAGUUAUUUUUACCAUGCGACCCAACAGCAGACGACAAGUUCUUCACAUAUGCAUGCCUUGUCGAUAUCUCUGGUGAUCAUGUUAAUCCUGGCAGCUCUCACCAGGAAAAACAAAUUCUGCCAAGGAUUCACAAGAGGAUCCUCCAGUAUCUUCAGUCCAGCCAACUUCCUGGACCAGACUCAGAAAAAAGGCCUGGUCAUGGCUGUUUUUGGACUGGUGUUCAGCAAGCUGGCGAUGUUGGUGAUCGCCCCAGACCCUCUGCCUUUCUACAAAGAUACUCCAGCAGACUUUAAAGAGUACAUGAAGAUAAUGGCCAUCUUCUACUAUCCUGUCCUGUAUUAUCCUCUGUUGGUCUGUUGCACUCUGCAGCACAAAGCAGGUUAUGUGUUCGGGACGCUCCUCUCAUUCAGUCACUUCGGCGUCCUGGCGUGGCAGAAGUUCGACUGUCCAAAGACUCCACAGAUCUAUAAGUACUACGCUCUGCUUGCCAGUCUGCCUCAGUUGGCCUGCCUUGCAUAUCUCUGUGUCCAGUUUCCUUUGCUGUUUGUCAAAGGACCAAAAACUGACGAGGACCUUGACAGCAGCUACUACACCGAAUAUGUAAAGUUACUUCUCAAGAAAAAGUCCUCAACUGCCAGCUCUUCAACUACAGACAAACCAACGCUGGCAGAGAGAAUACUGGAGGUGCCUAAGAGUUAUAUUUAUAUAUCAGAAAAAGUGUUUCGUUUUCCACUCAAACUGGCUAUAUCAGCAUUUGUUGCCCUUGUGGCGAUAUAUCACACGGCGUUGUUGUUAGUCGUCCUCGUGGUCCCCACUCUCCAUAUUGUCCAUGCUGGUAUCGAUGAAAACAUUGCCUUCCUGUUACUGGGGUUUGGCAUCGUCCUGUCAGACGACAGGAUGGAGGUCGUCAGAAUUGUGACCUUCUAUACGUGGUUGCUGGAAGUGUGCUACCUCUGUGCGAUGACCCUGUCUUGUUUGGUCAGUCUCGUCAUGCUCAUGAAGUCCAUGAUACUUCACAGGUCAAACCUGAAAGGACUGUACAAGGGAGACAUUUACAGCAUUUAUAACAGCCAGAAGACCAUCCAUCCAUCUAAACCUGGUAUUGUCUGUUGGAUGGGUUUGGCUGGAUACCAGGCUGCCAUCGUCUGCCUUGGAAUGGCGAUUCAGACGGUGGUGUUUUUCAUCUGCUUCUUGUUCCUGGUGUUUUUGAUCAUCAUCCCUGUUUUCUACGGCCGUAAUAUCAUCGUCUUUGAAAUCGCGGGGAAGGCAUGGCCGGGCUGGGUCACACUGAUCCUGGUUACUGUGCUUCAACAUGUGACUGCUAAGUUUGCUUUCAUUAAAAAGGAAGCUGGUACGAGAGACUUGAACAACAGAGAGAGUCUCUUCCUCCUGACGUACCUGCUGUUCCUGAUCAACACUGUGCUUGGACUGAUAGUCGCUAUAUGGAGAAUAGUGAUAACAGCUUUGUACAACAUCGUCCAUCUUGGUCGUAUUGACGUCAGUCUGCUGCACCGCACCGCAGAGUCCCACGACCCAGCCUACCAAUACUACACACACUCCCUGAAGGUGGAGGUCAGUCAAUCACACCCAGUGAUGAAGGCUUUCUGCGGGCUGCUGCUGGACAUUAUGAUCGAAGGUGGCAGAGCUGGACAGAAAAUAAGAGACGCAGAGGAAGGGAUUCAGGACAAUAGGCCCAACAAGGGGACCAGCCGGCAGAGGGUUCGAUCUCGCUGGCAGCUGCUGUACACGCUGGUCAACAACCCGUCCCUGCUGGGCUCCAGGAAACACUUCCAGACACUGCACACCUCGGAGAGCAUCCUGAACGGGACCCCCAACCGCAGCUCCAAAAAAGGCAGCAAGAAGGAGGCCGUCAAGCCUGCCGCUGAGCCAGACCAGUCCACUGAGACCCCGACAAACCAAGAUAAAACCGAUUGAGAUCCAUAAUCUACUGUAUAUAGUGUGGCCGGCAGUAUACUCCAAACUAAUACUAAUACUUCCUGCAUGAAACACAUGAACAAGCUAAUUAUUAUAUAAAAAAGCUAAUUAUUGCGACAAAGCACACUUCGCCACUGCCGGGUGUGAUUUUGGCAUGAGGCGACUAAAGCAUUUGGUUAAAUUUGGGAAAGAUCGGCUUGGUGAUCAAUGCCAAAAGCGGAGCUGUUUUUUGGCUGCAAACCUACCGUUUUGUUUUUGUGUGUGAACACGUCUGAUGUGAUCUUGUUUGGAGUAUUCUGCCACUGUCAUUGACAUGAUGCUAGAUUUUAACACUGUCCAGAUGAGGACACUAGAACUACAACGUCAGUCAAAGUUUAUCCAGAGAGUUUUUAAUGAAGGUCAAAUCAGGAACAUGGUGGCAAAUUUAAAGCCAGCAGCAUUUUUUUUAAUGUAAACUGGGAAAAAAAAGUUCGGAAACUUGUGUUUGGUGGAUUAUUUCUCUGUUGUUACAAUGCUAAUUGGUAUUGUAUUUUACAUC